AUGUCCCAGCGGCAUUCGGACAGCUCUUUGGAGGAGAGGCUACUGGAAUACCGCUUCCACUCGGAGCUGCGACUUGACGCCAAUGGAAACCCUGCAUCUGGGCUCCCCAUGGUCCGGGACUCCCUCAGGGGCAGGACCAAUGCUGCUUUUGAGCCCAAGGCCUCGGGGCCCCCACAGUCAUCCUCAGGGGACAUGGAGCCACGGCCCAUCAUCCUGAGUACACAGAGCCCUGCGGCCCUCAAGGUGGGCACCCAGCAGAUGAUCCCCAGAAGCUUGGCCGUGACCAGUAAGGCCAAAACCCCAGCCCGUCAUCAGAGCUUUGGAGCAGCCGUGCUCACUAAGGAGGCGGCACGGCGGGACCCUCAGCUCCUUUCGGCUGCCAGCUUCUCCCUGGAUGACAUGGAUGUGGACAUAGGCUCUGGAGGGAUGUUGAAACGCAACCUGCGGAACCAGUCCUACCGGGCGGCCAUGAAGGGCCUGGGGAUGCCACAAGGCAAGGCGGACUCUGUCCAGCUCAGCACCAAACUCCAGGCUCUGGCCGAGGAGCCCAGCCAGCCUCCCACCCGGUGCCCAGCCAAAAACAAGAGGACUCUGGGACGAAAACGUGCACACAAGGGCUCCUUCAAGGACGACCCCUGGUUCUACCAGGAGAUUCGGGAGCGGGGCCUGAACACCAGCCACGAGUCUGAUGAUGAUGUGCUUGAUGAGCCCUCCAGCCCUGAGGGAACCGGGAAAUCAGACACCACUAUCGUGGUCAAGAGCUACCGGCCCGCCCAGGUCACCUGGAGCCAGCUCCCAGAGGUGGUGGAGUCGGGCAUCCUUGACAAGCUGUCCACUGAGGAGCGCAAGAGGCAGGAGGCCAUCUUUGAAAUUCUGACGUCUGAGUACUCCUACCUGCACAGCCUGAACAUCCUGGUGGUGGAGUUCCUGCAGUCUCACGAUCUGCGGACAACCAUAACACAGACGGAACAUCACCACCUCUUCUCCAACAUUCUGGACGUGCUGGCCGCUAGUCAGAAGUUCUUUGAGGCCCUGGAGCAGCGGCACAAGGCGCAGGUGUGUGUGGACGACAUCAGCGACAUCCUGGAGGAACACGCUGAGAGGCACUUCCACCCCUAUGUUGUCUAUUGCUCCAACGAGGUCUACCAGCAGCGCACCCUGCAGAAGCUAACAAACAGCAACGCCACCUUCCGUGAGGUCCUGAGGGACAUCGAGAAGCGGCCUGCAUGUGGAGGUCUCCCCAUGAUCUCCUUUCUGAUCCUCCCCAUGCAGCGAGUGACCCGGCUGCCCCUCCUGACUGAUACACUCUGCCUCAAGACCGAGGGUCACCCUGAAAGGUACAAGGCUGCCAGCCGUGCACUGAAGGCCAUCAGCAAGCUGGUCAAGCAGUGCAACGAGGGGGCCCACAAGAUGGAGCGUACAGAGCAGAUGUACACACUGCACACACAGCUGGACUUCGGCAAGGUCAAGUCCCUCCCGCUGAUCUCCGCCUCUCGCUGGCUGCUGAAGCGCGGGGAGCUCUUCCUGGUGGAGGAAACCGGGCUUUUUAGGAAAAUCGCUAGCCGGCCGACGUGUUACCUAUUCCUGUUCAGUGAUGUCCUGGUCGUCACCAAGAAGAAGAGUGAGGACAGCUACGUGGUACAGGACUAUGCCCAACUGGAUCACGUCCAGGUCAGGAAGCUGGAGCCCUCAGAGCUCUCUCUACCUGGGGGCGGCAGCCGCAGCUCCUCCGUGCCCCACCCCUUCCAGGUGACCCUGCUGCGCAACAGUGAGGGCCACCAGGAGCUGAUCCUGCUGUCCUCCGACUCUGCGAGUGACCGGGCCCGGUGGAUCACAGCACUCACCUAUAAGGAGAGGCAGUGGCAGGGCCCCACCAACAAAGGAGAGCUGCCCCAGGUGGAGAUCACCAAGGCCUACUUUGCCAAGCAGGCGGAUGAGAUCACGCUGCAGCAGGCUGAUGUGGUCCUGGUCCUGCAGGAGGAGGAUGGGUGGCUCUACGGCGAGAGGCUUCGGGAUGGAGAGACAGGCUGGUUUCCUGAAGGCUUUGCCCGCUCCAUCACCAGCCGUGUGGCCGUGGAGGGCAACAUGCGUCGGAUGGAGCGCUUACGGGUGGAGACGGGUGUGUAG